GAUAGAGAUGACACUUCAGCCAUUCAGCCUAUUUUUGCACAACACUAAAAGGUCUGUGACCGUGAGGGGAGGUGAUUUCAAUUCCUGUUAAGUGCAGUAAAGUGACAUAAUAUAAAGCAUUGGAGUGAAGACACAAGCCUCUCUAGCCUUCAUGCAACCUUUGGAUUUGGCAUUUUCCAGAGAACUGUCGCACAAAGCUUUGGAUAUCUGGCAGAUGUUCAAAGAUGAAAGUAUCUGUUAGUGUUUCUUUGUUCCUGAUGUGCCUUGUCAGUCAAGUAAAAGCAGUCACCAUUGAGUCAUGUCCACUUGCCACCGGGAACUUGCUUCGGACAGAGAUUGAGAAAACUCUCACUCUGACUUGUAUUAUUGAUGAAGGUAUUGACCCAUCCAACCAAAAUGAAUUGCAGUGGUUCCGCAACGGUGUCCAGGUGAACCUGGCAGAAGAAAACCGCCGGUCCAGAAGUAGUCUGUGCGUACAGCCUGUCACUAAAGAGGACAAUGGAGCUGUCUUUAUCUGUCAGCUGAAGGCUGAUGCAAGUGUAAACAGCUCCAUCGAGUUUGACGUCCAGUAUCCCCCAGACCUUAAUGACACUAAGGAAGUAUUUGUUGAAGAAACAAGUGAUGUUGUUCUGUCCUGUGAUGUCCGUGCCAACCCACCAGUAACUGUGGCUUGGAAAAAGGAUGGUGAAGUUCUGGAUCUGACCUCUGGCAGUUACAUAACAACUAAUAAUGGCAUUAAUGCUAGGUUAUCAAUCACAAAAACUAAGCGUGAUGUACAUCAAGGAACGUACACAUGUGAAGUUAAUUCAUCUGUCUAUGGAAUUAUGGGCAGGACCUUUACUGUUAUGGUUCAAGAUAAAGUGCUAAGGUUCCCUGUAGGACCCACAAUUGCUGGAGUGGUGGUGGUUUUAUGUACAAUUGUAUUCGCACUCAUUUCUAGAAGGAAUAAAAUUAUUAAGUGCAUUAAACCAAACUGAACAUCUCCACAUGGAAUUCUCAAGAAUUCAAACCACAGCUAUUUGAGAUGUUAAGCAUGGAGAAGAUCAUUACUGGACUUCAAAAUGGGACACCAAUCUUAAAUAAAAAUUUGAACAAAAAA